AUGCCCGAAAGAGGGAACGGGGAACUCCCCCUGCCUGAGGGAUGGGAAAAAGCGGUUGAUUACGAUGGGAAAAGCUUCUUUAUAGAUCAUAUAAAUCGAAGGACAACGUGGAUUGAUCCCCGAGACAGAUUUACAAAGCCACAGACCUUUGCAGAUUGUGUUGGAAAUGAACUGCCAUUAGGCUGGGAGGAAGCUUUUGAUCCCAAUGUGGGAGUUUAUUACAUCAAUCACAUUAAUCAAAUCAACCAGCUGGAAGAUCCCCGAGUCCAAUGGAGGCAAGAACAGGAGCGCAUGCUCUCAGAAUACCUAGUCACAGCACAAGAAGACCUAGAGGCCAAGAAAGAGAUCUACUCAAUUAAAGAGCAGCGUCUUGUGUUGGCCCAGGAUGAGUUCCAACACCUCCAUGAAUCCUUAUCUGGGUGGAAGUCCUCUAGGACAAGCUUGAAUUCUAACUCGAGUGUUGGGAGCACAAAAUAUGACCCAGACCUGCUCAAACAGGAUGUGAACCUGGCCAGGAGUAGAGUGGCACGUCUCAAGCGGGAACUGGAGCAGAUCAGGGCUGAAGUCUCGUACAAGGAGAGGGGCGUUGAGACUCUGUCAAAUGUUGGUCAGAAGCUGCAGACAUUAACUGGAGGAUAUAGCCUAGAACAAGCACAGAGGAUUUUGACAGAGAUCAGGCAACUGCAGUCUAGAUUGUCGCAGGGGGAAAAGGAGAAGAAAGAUCUCAUGCAGUCACUGGUGAAGUUAAAAGAGGAUUUAGUUCGGAGAGCAAGCGGGUCAUCUCCGGAUGUCUCGACGUUGUCACUGGUGCAGGACAGGCUAGACAUGGCCUCACAGACUGACCUUAGAGGGGAGUUUGGAUUGAAUCAGAGCCGUCUGCUAGCAGAGAAGACCAGGAUGAGACUGGAGUACGAUGAGGCACAGCGAAAACUCGGAGAGCUGAAAUGUCGCUUGGUGGAUCUUGAGGACAAGAUGUUACCUGGCCAGCCAGAGUCGGACAAAGAUAGGCUUCUGCUGUUGCAAGAAAAGGAGCAGCUGCUGCGGGAGCUCAGAGGCAUUGAUCCGAAAGGUCGCAACGAUGAUGAAAUGACAGCUCUCAGACACAGAAUCCUAAAGCUGGAACAUGAUCUUCGACAUGCCCAGGAACUCUCCAACAGACAGAUUCAGCAGAGGAUUAAUCUCCAUGAAGAGAAAACUGCUAUUGUGCAUCAGCUGACAGAAACAGCAAAACUGACUUCAUAUUUAGAGUCCCAGCUCAGAAGCUUGUCACUGAGCACUUUGUCUGUGUCUUCGGGGUCCAGCCUAGGCUCCCUGGGCUCCCUAUCUGCUGGGAGCCGUGGAUCUCUAAACUCGCUAUCCACUAUGGAUAUCUAUAAUUCAGGACAGAUGAGUGGUGCUGGCGAGGAAAAUCUGCAAGAGCUGCACCAGCGAGUGGAGAAGCUUUUGCAAGGCCACUGUAUGUCUCCUAUUCAAGAAGCUCAUGUUGGUCACUCUCAUGAUGAUGUGACUGAAGCUGCCACCUCCAGUUACCUGAUGUCUGUACUCCGAGGGAGCCAGGAGCUGCAGGACACCAGCAGUGCAGACAUCUUGAGCAGUCGUAAUGGCAGCAUGGGCAGUAUUCUCACCGGCAGCAGCAACAGCGUUGGACACGUUCACCAGACCACCAUCAUGCCUUUACCGUUAAUCUCCUCACUGACUUCUUCCAACACUCCAUCGCCUGUUUCCCCCGCCCACGGGAUGGGCCCACCGCCCACAUAUGAGCAACACAUGUGUGCUCUAGAGCAGCGGCACCAGCCACAUCAACAGCUGUUUCAGUAUCAACAUCAGAAGCAGUACCAGAUUCAUGGAGGAACUAACAGUGACAGUAUGCAGUGGAUUACCAAUGCUAGUCUUUCAAACUCCAACCCAACAGUUAAUGCCAGUUUUGAAUCGGCUAAGCCUCUAGCUGAUUUUAACAUCCUUUAUGGCAACCCUAAUUCUGACAGUUCGAUGAAUGCAGCAUCUGAUCCUCUUAGAGGUUUAACAUUGAUAACUGAAAACAUAUCGGGGAUUGAUCAGAAGAACAGUUUUGUCUUGCAAGAUGUUAGCAUAGGAUCUUCAACAGUGACAGAAGCAGCAUUUACUACAUCUCUAGGUACAGCUGUUACUCCCGGCCAGUUUUCUAAAAACUUCAUGUUUGAAAAUAAGGAUACAAACAUGAAUUCAUCCACCACCACCAACUCAUCCCCAUUUUUCUCUCCGCUUGAAACCGUUUCAGCCUUACCGUCAGCAUUUUCUUAUCAGGUUCCAUUGUUACAGCCCACAAACACUUCAGAAGUUCCUGUGCCAACACACUUUUCAAAUGAAGCUUUGAAAGCAGGAAACAAUCUGUCAUCCAUUGCUGCUGUAGCUGCCUUCAGCUCAAGGCAUUGCCAUAAUGUGGAAUCGGGGCCCAACCCACCCUUGAGCCCUAUCAGCGAGAGCAGCUCUGGGGUGGGAAACAAUCUCUCUGAUGGAAAUACUAGAAGUGUCUCGGCAGCAGUCAGUGAUGAGUCUGUGACAGGAGACAGCGGUGUCUUCGAAGCCUCUGUUCGAAGGACGGGCCACAUUGACAAAGUGUUGGAGUGCAACUUAGAGAGUGCCCAGAUACAAAUUAGACUCAAGUAUGAGGGAGUGGAUCAUAAACUGCUAGUUGGCAUAGAGCAGGCCAGAAACCUGGCAGUACUUCCCUUUCAGAAAGACAGUCAUGU